GGAUGUGGUUUUCAAAUUACACGAAAAUGUUUUAUUCUAAUAUUCCCUUUAAUAAAAAUAAUUAAAUGUUUUUAAAAUAACUUCAUUUGAAAGCAGCUAAUUAGUAACAUAAAAGCGAUAACAAUAUGCUGCCGGCUACUGGCUUAUUUCGGUCGAUCAACUGUCCGUUCUUCGAAAAGGAUUUGUGUACAAGGGCUUAUUGCCACUUCAAACAUAUAAAAUCAGAAGUUCCAGCGGCGGCGACCUACAGCGCGACACCAAAAAGUAUACUCAAUCGGACCAGCAAUGAACGACCGGAUAUAACUGGGUCAGAUGUACCAGCGAAAAAGAAACCAAAAUUGGAGUAUAUUCCCAUGCCAACAGUAAUUGCGCCUAAGUAUGUACCUAGUGUGAAGGCCGUACCCCCUAUCACUGAGGAACUUACCAGAAAUGAAUCAGCAGUAGAGAUUCCAGCAAUUAAAAAAUUAGAUUCCAGUAUUAAGGCUGAUAACACAGAACCAACUUGUGAAAUCCAGCCAGCUGAUGGAGAGCACAACAAAAGUAAUGUAGAACACAAUGAAGCUAAUAAGGAACACAAUGAAGAUGGACGAUCCCGCAACGGAUAUAAUAAAAUUGAGAUUAUUGCUAAAGAUAACGAUAUUAACCCUACUGAGCUUUCGGCAGCUACCACAAUAUCUUCCGAAAAAGAAAGUACAGAAAGUUCUGUUGCAGCUACUGUGGAAAAGGACAAGCCAAUUGAACGAAGCUCAUCACGUAAAUCUAGUAGUAGCCAUACUAGCAGUAGUUCACAUAAAAAGAGCAGCAGAGAAGAUAAACAUCAUCGACGACACGAAAGCAGCUCUAAAACUGAGAAAAAGACAAGUUCAAGCAGGUCUCAUACAAGUGACCGAAAACACUCUUCAUCAUCACGGAAUGAAGAAAGAGUCAGUAAUUCAAAAACAGAGAUAAAAGAUAAACAUCGCGAGAAAACACAUGAGAAAUCCAAAUCUAGAGAAAAAUGUAGAGAAAGUGACAGAAGGUCAUCCAGGGAUACGAAUAGUAGUAGUAAAUCAGAUCAAAAUCGCCAUCGGUCAUCACAUAGUUCUACUAAAUCGAGAACGAAAAGUUGCAGUAUUAGCAAACACACUGACAAAUCAUCCAAAUCCACAAAAACAGAAACAAAAGAACGUAAACCCUCAUCCACUUCACUACAAUCAUCUUCAUCGAAGUCAAAACUUGCGCUUGCCGAUAAAAUUUAUUUGGAGCUGCUUGAUAAUCCUCCCAGUGAUAUUGACGGCGAAAGCGAUGAAGAUGAAGUUAUGAAGCAGUGCAAAAUGAUUUUCGAAGAAUAUGAUUCAACGUCUAGCAAAAUUUCGGACCACGAGAAACCAAAAACGGUUCAAAGCCAAAAACCGGAAUUGAUUGACAUGUUUGCUGAAAAAUAUUAUGAUGAAAAUCGAAAAAAACGUGUUGCGCACGAAAAUGUUUCAAACGUAAAAUCUAGCUCAUCGAUCCCCGUUACAAAGAAGCCCAAUCAUGUUCAAAACGCUAUGAGGUCGGUCUAUCAUCGUCAGGAAAUAGUUCGCAAGCAACAAGAAGAACUGGCUGCAAAAAUACGUUUGGAGGAAGAAGCAAAAGCACGCAUUGAGGAAGAAACUCGAAAAGCAAUAAGCAAACCCGUCACCCCACGAUUAAGUAAUGGAUCGCCUCGAUCGCCAGUUGUAAGUCCAACUUCUGUAAAUACUCUUGUAGCAGAAAAAUCGCCAGUUUCUCCAAUAAACACCACAAGCUUUUACAACAAGUCUCCAGAUGCGAUUGCGAUCUCAAUGACUCCUAAAAGCCGUUUUGCACCCGCUGUCAAUGUACUUGCUCUUCAAAAAGCGAAAGAGAAAAUAGAAGAGCUAAAAAAGCUGAAAGGAAUCAGCACUCCAGCGCAAACUGCUCCCAAAGGAUUAGGAAGAAAGGCUCAUGUAGGAUCCGUUCUACCGGAAAGUGCAUCGUCAAGCUCGUCUUCUGCGGUACCAAGUCCGUCAAAACCAGCCCCACCAGUGCUAGAACCGGAAUCGACUAAAAUUUCUUACAACAUUCGAAUGCAGUUUUAUAACCUAAUGGUUCAACAUUGCGUUUCUAUCUAUUCGAGUCUUGAAGAUGCGUGGGACCGCGCACAAACCGAAGAGCUAAGCGUAUUAAAAAAAUGUAAUACUCCAAUGAUCUACAAAAAGAGCGCCUUGUUGACGGUAAAUAAGUUACGAAAAGAAGCUGGGGAAUUAGGAAACAAAGUUGCCGAUAGGAAUAAAACAGUGUCGCACGAUGUUAUCCUGGCUGGAAAAAUGGGACAAAAUAUUUCUUGGAGUGUAAACAAAAAAAUUAAAACCGAAGUAAAAUCUGCUUAUACCAUUGACAAUGCUCCUUCAACGGUUGCAUAUAAAAUGAUAUACGAAUGUAUUAUGACUGAGGAACAGCUACAAUCAAACGGAUUUCCACGGGCAACGGAAAUCACAGGGCAGGCAAAAAUAUUCACAUCCAAACCCCGCCGGCCUCCAAACGAAGAUGAACGAUACUGCUCCCGGUGCUCAAAGGUGUACAACCUUGAAAGUUAUGAUGAACCUGCUGUGGAUUCCUGCAAUUAUCACAAUAAAAGCACCUGUUAUCGGCGUGGAUUUGCAGACAACUUGCACAGUUGCUGUCAACAGCCGUCCGGUUCAGCCGGUUGUAUGUAUGCCAACUAUCAUGUCACUAGCUACAUGGAUUAUGACAAUCUCACCGGGUUCGUUAAGACAAUGGAUCCACCGGAGGGAUACGUACCCUCAAAGAAAGACGUGUAUGCACUGGAUUGUGAGAUGUGCUACACAACGGCUGGAUUGGAACUGACUCGCGUGACCGUGGUUGACAUUAAUGAAAAAACGGUAUACGACACCUUAGUGAAGCCAUCGAAUAGGGUCAUAGACUAUAACACAAGGUUUUCAGGUAUCACAGAGCAGAUGCUUAUUGACAUCACCACCAAUCUAUACAACGUGCAAGCUGUUCUACUAUCGAUGUUCAACUCUGAAACGAUCCUCAUAGGGCACAGUUUGGAAAGCGACUUCAAGGCAUUGAAGCUCAUCCACGAUACCGUGGUUGACACGUCCAUUCUUUAUCCGCACAAAAUGGGACCGCCGAAGAAGCGUGCGUUGAAAACACUGUGCAUCGAGAACUUGAAGAAAAUAAUUCAGGAAAAUGAUGCCGGUCAUGAUAGCGCAGAGGAUUCGGUGGUGUGCAUACAACUAAUUAAGCAUUACUUGAGUAAUCGUAUUCUAUGAUUAUGGAUACAACUGGACAGCAUCUGGAUCAAUCAGUUUUAGUAAUACUAUAUUAUACUUAUCAUUAUUAUCGGCAUCUAUUUAUUAUUUUCAUAGUUAUCUGGGGUUUUCACUAAUACGUGGAAAGUUAUUUCCAGACUAACCAUACCAUUCACGGCGAUAGUACCAUUAUUGCAAAAAACCAAAUGGCAGAGAACUUG